GAUGGAGUAGGCGCUAAAAUAGCUGAGAAGAUAGAUGAGUUCUUAUCCACGGGAAAGCUGCGCAAACUGGAGAAGAUUCGACAGGAUGAUACAAGUGCAUCUAUCAGUCUCCUGACACGAGUUACUGGCAUUGGUCCUGCUGCUGCCAGGAAGUUUGUUGAGGAAGGAAUUAAGACUUUAGAAGAUCUAAAGAAGAACGAGCACAAGCUGACCCAUCACCAGCGAAUUGGGCUGAAAUAUUUUGAAGAUUUUGAGAAAAGAAUCCCAAGAGAAGAAAUGCUGCAAAUGCAGGAAAUUGUGCUGAAAGAGGUAAAGAAGCUGGACCCAAACUAUAUUGCCACAGUCUGUGGCAGUUUUAGACGAGGCGCAGAGUCAAGCGGCGAUAUGGAUAUUCUCCUGACCCACCCGAGUUUCACAUCUGAAUCACCCAAACAGUCAAAACUUCUGCAUCAAGUUGUAGAACAACUGGAGAAAGUCCACUUUGUCACGGAUGUGCUAUCUAAAGGAGACACAAAAUUCAUGGGUGUCUGUCAGCUGCUGAAUAAAGAAGAUGGAACAGCCUAUCCACACAGGAGGAUUGAUAUCCGGCUUAUCCCCAAAGAUCAGUAUUACUGUGGUGUGCUGUACUUCACAGGAAGUGAUAUAUUCAAUAAGAACAUGAGAACUCAUGCUCUGGAAAUGGGCUUCACCAUCAAUGAGUACACAAUCCGUCGCUUGGGUGUCACUGGAGUUGCUGGGGAGGCCCUACCAGUCGAAUGUGAAGAAGACAUCUUUGACUAUAUCCAGUGGAAGUACCGAGAGCCAAAGGAUCGCAGCGAAUAACUAACUGCUUGUCCGGGUUUGUAAUGUAGAGAGAUGUUUU